GGGCUGGAGGCAGCGCUACAGAAGCUCGUGCUGCGGCGGAAGAAAGUGCUGAGUGCCGAGGAGAUGGAGCUGUACGAGCUGGCGCAGGCGGCGGGCGGCGCCAUGGAUCCCGACGUGUUCAAGAUCCUGGUGGACCUGCUGAAGCUGAACGUCGCGCCCCUCGCAGUCUUCCAGAUGCUCAAAUCCAUGUGUGCCGGGCAGAGGCUGGCGAGCGAGCCCCAGGAUCCUGCUGCAGUGUCCCUGCCUACAUCGAGCGUGCCUGAGACCCGAGGUCAGCUGGGGUGCUCUCUGUCCCUGUGACCCAGGCGGCGGGGU